AAAAAUAGAAAAUGCUGGAGCAGUCCUUCCCUUCCCCCACUCUGUAGUCACUAGUCCAAGCUAGUAAAUGUUACUGAAUGGAUUUCAGUGUUGUAGCCAUUCUACAGUGAGUAAGUACAGCAAGAUCCUUUGUGAAAAAGCGAAAGGAGGAAAAAAAGGUAGUAGAAAUCAUUUGUGGAUGUUCAUCAGACCAGAGUACCUGCACCAAUGACAGACAGGCUUUCCUCGAGAAACAAAUCAUGACAACAAGCACUGCUGUUCAGAGGAGCCAGAAUCUCCCCAAAAGACGCCUAGAAAGAGUAGGGGAGUGUCCUGCAAAACGGAAAGCUGGCUGGGGUAUUCUGACCAGCCAAGGGUCUUGGGCAGAUCGCUCACCUCUGCAUGAGGCAGCCAGUCAAGGACGUCUUCUUUCUCUGAAGACUUUAUUGUCACAGGGGUACAAUGUAGACACACUAACAAUUGACCAGGUAACCCCACUCCAUGAAGCCUGCCUGGGAGAUCAUGUAGGAUGUGCAAGAAUCCUCCUCGAAUCAGGAGCAAAUGUAAAUGCUACAACAAUUGAUGGAGUGACACCUUUAUUUAAUGCCUGUUCAAGAGGCAGUGCAGCAUGCACUGAGCUCCUGUUACAGUAUGGUGCCAAAGCUCAGUGGGAGUCCUGUCUGCCAUCACCAACACAUGAAGCAGCCAGCAAAGGUCACAGUGAAUGCCUGGAGGUUCUGAUAUCCUGGGGUAUAGAUGUUGACCAGGAUCUUCCUCAUUUAGGAACACCUCUGUAUGUAGCUUGUGCUUCACAGCAGAUCCACUGUAUUCGAAAGCUUCUUUAUGCAGGUGCCAACGUGCAGAAAGGAAAGCAUUUGCAAACUCCACUCCAUGCUGCUGCCCAGCAUUCUAGUACAGAGAUUGUAAAUUUACUCCUUGAAUUUGGAGCAGACAUAAAUGCCAAAAAUUCAGAUGUUAAGAGGCCUGUUGAUUUAGCUGCCCAAAGCAGUUUAGUAGAGGGACUGCUACUCUUCCAUGAAACCAGACCAUCUUCUCUUUGUCAGCUCUGCCGACUAUGUAUCCGAAAUUACUUAGGAAGAGCUAGACUGCAUCUUGUUCCACAGCUCCAGUUGCCAACAAUGCUUAAAAAUUUCUUGCAGUACAGAUAAUAUAGUAACUAAUGGUUAGAAAUUGAAAUGCAGCAAGUACAUUUUCUUCUCUCUGUUUAUUGUACGUUUUAUCUAAAGAACUGCUGGGCGGAAAAGAAAAGCCUUUUGCAUAUUGCUUUAAAAAACUGUAUCUUGGACACCUGGUGUUGGUAAUGUAAUAGUAAUUGGGAGCCAACUCCCAGUUCAGCAACUAGUGCAAAGGUACUAAUCCAGCUGAAUUGAAUAAGUGUGCUGAUACUCUGGGACAUGAUUGUAUAAAUUUAUCUUAACCCUCAAUAGCUUUAGUGCUGUUAACUUUAAUUAUGUUUGUUUUUAAAAUCUGUUUGACACACCUGAACCACAAAGAGUUUCUUCAUUAUUAUUUGUUAAGUUUGUCCAUUUGGAGUCAAUAUUUUAUGUAUUUUUAAAUUUCUCUUGUUUGUGUACCUAAAAAUACUUGGUGAUGGGUGCACUGUAUGCAAUGAGGGUGCACUAUAUAUAUAUUGAUAAAAAUAAAACAAUUAGGUGUCAA